CUGACCCUUCCUGUCAUGCUGCCGCUCCUGCUGCUGGGCCUGCUAGGCCUGGCCGAGGCCGCUGGGCCCAUGAUCUAUUUCAAGGAGCAAUUCCUAGACGGAGAUUCUUGGGAGGAUCGUUGGGUGGAAUCCAAGCACAAGAGUGACUAUGGCAAGUUUAGGCUAUCGUCUGGCAAGUUCUAUAGUGAUGAAGAAAAGGACAAAGGGCUACAGACAAGUCAGGAUGCCCGGUUCUAUGCUCUGUCCUCAAGAAUGGAGCCCUUCAGCAACAAGGGCCAGACAUUGGUGGUACAGUUCACUGUGAAACAUGAGCAGAACAUCGACUGUGGUGGUGGUUAUGUAAAGCUGUUCCCUGCCAACCUAGACCAGGCCAGCAUGCAUGGAGACUCAGAAUACAAUAUCAUGUUUGGCCCUGACAUCUGUGGCCCAGGGACCAAGAAGGUUCAUGUUAUCUUUAACUACAAGGGCAAAAACAUGCUGAUUAAUAAGGACAUUAGAUGCAAGGAUGAUGAGUUCACCCACCUGUACACUCUGAUUGUUCGGCCAGACAACACAUAUGAAGUAAAGAUAGACAACGUUCAGGUAGAAUCAGGCUCACUAGAAGAUGAUUGGGACUUCCUGCCUCCCAAGAAAAUCAAGGAUCCUGAGGCCAAGAAGCCCGAGGACUGGGAUGAGCGAGCCAAGAUUGAUGAUCCCACUGACACAAAGCCAGAGGACUGGGAGAAACCUGAACACAUUCCUGACCCUGAUGCUCAGAAACCUGAGGAUUGGGAUGAAGAGAUGGAUGGGGAGUGGGAGCCACCAGUAAUCCAGAACCCUGAGUACAAGGGUGAAUGGAAGCCUCGGCAGAUUGACAACCCUGACUACAAGGGCAAGUGGCUACAUCCUGAGAUUGACAAUCCUGAGUAUACACCUGACCCCAACCUUUAUGCAUAUGAUAGCUUUGGCGUAUUGGGCUUGGACCUGUGGCAGGUGAAAUCUGGUACCAUUUUUGAUAACUUUCUUGUCACCAAUGAUGAAUCAUAUGCAGAAGAGUUUGGUGAAGAGACCUGGGGUGCCACAAAGGAUGGGGAAAAGAAGAUGAAGGAACAGCAGGAUGAGGCAGAGCGGCAGCGAGAGGAAGAAGAGGAGAAAAAACUGAAGGAGGAAGAAGAGGCUGGAGACGACAAGGAUGAGGAUGACAGAGAUGAGGAGGACAAAGAUGAUGAGGAUGAGGAUGACAAAGAGGAUGAGGAGGACGAAGAUGGCGCCCAGCCCAAGGAUGAGCUGUAGGGGAUGCUGCCUGCCUGGCCAGGGCCAGGACUGAGGCUGGGGGCACCCCGGGGGGCUGGGCCGGGAGCCGACUAAUGUCUCUAUGAGACUGGAGAACUGUUUCCAUUGGGUGGGGUUGUUUGUUUGGGGUUGGGAUUUUUUUUUUUUUUUAACUGGUGUCUGUCUUUAUUCACUCUCCCUCAGGUCCCUCUGUCCCUCCCUUCCCUCUUUUCUCCCCCCCCCCCUCCCCUUCAGCCUCUUGGGGAUGGCAGAUCAUGUGGGGCACCUUUUAGCCAUGGGGUCAGGGGUACAGGGAUCCAGGGCUUCACUCUGCAUGGAUGCUCAGCCUCCCUGGUGAUUAUACAGGGAUAUAGACUUCUGAUCCUAAGCUGCCUCCUUUCCCCAAUUGGCCCCAAGUCCUGGCUCCUCCGUUUUUUUCCCCCAUCCUCAGGAGCCAGAGUAUCCCAGUUAGAGGGAAGAAGGGGAGAGGGGUCUGUCAGCCUGGCUCUGCCCUUAGGCAUCCCAUAGCACUGAGUGGGGCUAGGGUUUGGCCAGUAGCGCCUAAGCCAAACUGUUUGCUCCCUUUUUUCCCUCUGCCAGGGCUGAGGGCAGGGGUUGGGGCAGAGCCCCUGUUGGUUGGGGGGGUAGGGAGGGGAUGUCAGUUCUUGCUUGGUCACAUUGAGAAUGUAAGAACAACAAAAGAAAUUUCUAUUAAAUUAAGUUUUGUGUCUCC